AUGGACUCCACUACUGAGCCUAAGAAGCUUCACAUAGCCUUUUUCCCAUGGCUAGCAUUUGGUCACAUAAUCCCAUUUCUUGAGAUUGCCAAGCACGUAGCUCGGAGAGGUCACAAGGACUCCUUCAUAUCCACACCAAGAAACAUCCAACGUCUCCCUAAAAUCCCAGAAAAACUAACCCCUUUAAUAAAUUUAGUCCAAAUCCCACUUCCCAACGUCAAAAACCUCCCGGAAAAUGCUGAAGCUACCACAGAUAUCCCAUCCCACAUGAUCCCGUAUCUCAAAAUAGCUCCAGAUGGACUUGAAGUGGGCAUUUCUGAAUUCCUACGGAGUCAAAUUCCGGAUUGGAUUAUAUACGACUUCGCCUCUUACUGGCUACCACCAAUAGCUAUCGAGCUCGGCAUCUCACUAGCCCUAUUCAAUACUUGCAAUGCUUCCACUCUAUGUUUCCUGGGACCAACAUCACCGGAUCUAAUAUCUCGUUACAGUCUUAGAACACAACCCCAGCAACUCACUGUCCCUCCUGACUGGAUUCCCUUUUCUUCAAAAGUAGCUUAUAGGCCUUUUGAGGCCAAGAGAUUGUUCAAUAUUGCUGCCAAGCCAAAAGCUUCUGCUGUAGAAGCUGGAGGCGUUACGGAAAUGUUUCCUAUACAGGCAGCUGUUGAAGGUUGUCAAAUUUAUUUUGUUCGAACAUGUAAAGAGAUGGAAGCAGAGUGGCUCGAUUUGCUUCAACACCUUCAUCAGAAAACUCUUGUGAUUCCGGUAGGUCUAUUGCCACCAGAAUUACAACAGAGAGAUGAAGAUCAAGAAGACGGCAGCAGCUGGUCUAGAAUUGCUGAAUGGUUGGAUAAACAAGAGAAGGAGACCAUAGUUUACGUUACAUUGGGAAGUGAGGCUAAUCUAAGUCAAGAAGAGUUUAAUGAAUUGGCUCUUGGAUUAGAGCUUUCUGGGUUGCCAUUCUUUUGGGCACUGACUAAACUACCUCUAUGUGAGGAUGGUGAAUCGUUGAAGUUACCGGACUGGUUUGUGGACCGAACAAAUGGUCAUGGGAUUUUCUGGAUAUCUUGGGCUCCUCAGCUCAAAAUAUUGUCCCACGAGUCAAUCGGCGGUUUCUUGACUCACUGUGGUUGGAGUUCAGUCAUAGAAGGUCUACAUUAUGGACGUCCCCUUAUCAUGUUUCCAGUCUUGUAUGAUCAAGGGCUAAAUGCUAGGUUUUGGGACAAGAAGUUUGGGAUUGAGGUACCAAGAGACGAAGAGACUGGAUCGUUUACGAGGAACACGGUGGCUGAGUCACUGAGUUUGGUUGUCAGAGAGGGAGAGGGGAAGGCUUACAGAGAUGGUGCCAGAGAGUACAGUAAGUUAUUUAGGGACAAAGACCUCCAUGCCAGAUACAUGGACAAAUGUGUUGAGUAUUUGGAAAUUGAUUAA